AUGGCAGAGGUCAUACCUAGCAACGACCCAGCAUUUCCCAUUGAUGCACGCCCCACUUCAGAUGGUAGGUUUGCUAUCGAUGUCUAUUGUGACGACAAUGGCUACCAGACCGGCGCAUUGCCUUUCCAUCCCGAAUGUUUCCUGAUCUUCGUCAAGGCGCUAGCGAACGCAUGCGGCGAUGCGACUAUCACGCGUUUUGAGGAUGUUGACUUGGGUCGCCUCUUCGAAUGCCUGUCACCAACGCGCGAAAUGUGGCUGAACUGUCUCACCCUGGAUUAUGGCGAGCUCAUGGAAAAGUCGAAACGCGAGCAGCAUUUCUACAUUAAACCGGGUAUGGAGCGGGACGUUACGAACCCGGUGGAUAUGCCUGGGCUCCGGGAGGUCUUCGAGCGAGCUACGAAACCACAAGGCUUCUCUGACAUCAGCGAUAGGUGA